AUGGAGGCGGCACAGAUGAAGAUCGCGGAGAAGUUGAUUAUACUGAAUGACCGAAGUCUGGGGAUGCUUACUCGGAUCUACAAUGUCAAGAAGGCUUGUGCGGAUCCAAAAUCGAAGCCCAGGUUCCUUCAGGAAAAGAAUCUUGAGUCUGCGAUUUCCCACUUGACCAAAAAAUUUCCGCAGAUGGAUUUGAAGAGGAACUCGGUAAGUUUCUUCUCUAUUUCUAUGUUUUGUCGAUUUUAGAGUGCCAUGUCAAACGUAGAUGCAGUCAAAGGCGAUAUAAUGAAGAAUCUUUCUCUGUAUUACUACACUUUUGUUGAACUCCUUGAUCUGAAGGAUCAUAUCCUGCAGUUGCUUACUCAGAUGGAUGCCAAUCAAGUUACUCUGGAUAUAUCGUUGAACUACGAUCUGACUGCCGGAUUCCUGAACUUGAUAUCCAGCUUUGUCUCUUUGAUGUUGAUGCUGGCUCGAAUUGAGGAUCGAAAGGCAAUCUUGGCCUUGUACAAUGCUGCCUAUGACUUGUCAAAUCAACGAUCAGAGCUGUCCUUUCCGCGUCUAGGUCAGAUGGUUGUGGAUUACGAUAAUCCGAUGAAGAAAUUAGUGGAGGAUUUCAAUCCGAUCAAUAGAGUAAGUUUAAUAUUUUUUUAUUAAGCUUUAUGUUUAGGCAGAUGAGGACAUGAAUUUAUAUUUUCAGCUCGUUCACUCAGCUCUCCGAAGUCUUUAUGAUAUAUAUUUGCGAAGAAAUAUCUCCGCGGAGCAGUGUCGGAACGCCGGGAUGAUGUCCUUGAUAGCAAAACCACAAGAAAUGAUUUUCGCGGCCCUCACCAAUACGGUUUCUUGUGAGUAUUUGAGCAUUGAGACGAUGGACAAGUGGAUCAUAUGUAAGCUCUCACAAAUUAUUUUUGUUUUUCUGUUUUUAGGCAAUUUGGCAAUCAACUUUUGUCUAAUACAUAUAAUUGUUAUGUAAAAUAAUAUAUUUUUUUUCAGUUGGAACGACCGUGUGCCACAACACCCUUCUACAAGACCUUUUUGUCGUACAGAUGUUCCACAAAGUCCUGGAGCAUUCAUUAUCACUUCAGUUGUUCCGGGAUGAGCCUUUACUUCUGUAUCCUUGGUUAAUAUCGUUUUUCGAAGCGCAAAAGGGAGCUUCCAAACGAGUACAAGAGCUGAAACAGAUGUCACAAGAUGCUCUACAGAAUUGUGGCGCUUUCCAUGCACACAGGAGACAGUUUAUUCGAACGGCAUUGAGAGAAAUGACGUGCUUAUUGAAGGAUAAACCCGCUCUUUUCGGUAGGUUAAUUUAAGAAUAAAUUUAAAAAUAGAGUUUCAUGGGUUUUUGGGGCUCUUUAGGGCCUUUUGUAAUGUUUAACGCGCUUCUGGCAGCUUUUAAAAAUCUUUUUUUUUGCAUCAGAUAUCACUUACCAUAGAAUUGAUCAAUUUUUUUCAAAAUUUUUUAUUUUUUCAGGCCCUAAGACCCUGUUUGUGUGGAUGGCACUCUCUUUUGCGCGUGAUGAAGUGCUUUGGCUUCUACGACACGCAGAUCUUGUGCAUGUCAACAAAAAAUUAAGAACUGCCCUCGAACAAGUUGUCCAAGAUCGAAAUCUCGCCGAAAUCUUGUACUUCAUGUGUGAACUUCGCAAUCUUUUGGCUCAAAAUCAACUUAUAAUUAAUCGGUAUUACCGCGACUUCAUGUACAGCCACGAUGCGAUUGCCCUAAGGGAGUUGGUCGAGGAAAAUCCGGGGAUUUUAGCGAGAUUACCGGAGAAUGAAGCUCAUUUAUUGAAAUGUUUCAUUGACUCAGUGGCUCAGAUCAAGGACCAAGACGUCAAUUUGAGCGGACUAAGGUAUGGUGAUUUAAAUAUGGCAAGUUGGUGACAUUUUAUACGAUGAAAUUUCGUUUGCAAAAUUUUUCGUAUAAAAUGUCUCCGGAUCUAGAAUUUUGAUUGAAAAUGGUUUGUAAUGGAUGUGUAUGCAUUUCAGAUUAGACUGGUUCCGCUUCCAAGCCAACACCAGUGUCCGCCGAUCCGGAUUUGACUUCCGCGACCAUAAGGAGCUGGCCUACCUUUGCAAUAUCACCGUUUUCCACACGAAAAUGAUUGAUAUAAUCCCGGAGAUGAUAAAGGAAUCAAGUGACUUGUCGAUCUACUGUUUUUACCCACAGCAAUUUGACCAGCAGCUGGAGAAUACCCUCAAUUUCCCUGCACAAAGUCGAUUUUCAGUCGCGUUUGCCGAAUUAACGGAUGAUUUUGCUUAUGCAACGCAUGAAAUGUGCCCGGAAGAGAAGGAUCAUAUCUUGGAAAGAGGUGGGGAAGAGAUUUCACGUCGUUUUGGAGGAUUUGUAAUUAAGAAUUGAGCUUUUUAGACAUUAAUUUACCUUGUUUUAGCUGUCCUUUCGGCCAAUGCCUCGUUGGAAAAGUUGGCCCUUCAAACUGCCCGAUUGUUCGAUGAAGUCGCCAAAGAAGAGCAUCAACUCUCCGAUCAGACAUCUCCCAGAAGUUGCGCGCAAAUGAUCGCUGUCAAUUAUCAGUUCCAAUCCGGCGAUAAAAAGCAAAGCCAGCCCUACAUCCAGAUGCCCGGAUUCGAAUCCCACAGACAGAAAAGCUCCGCAACGGAUCUGAAUGAACUCGAAAGAAGGAAUUUGUAUCUGGUUGAGCUUUGUCAGAGCAUUUCUCAAAGUACCAGGAUCAAAGUGACGGACCAUUUAUUCCAUCCAAAGGCCUUCCUUCAUAACAACUUGGAGGUGGUUUUUAUGAGAAAUCUGGUGAAUUAUACGAAGAAUCCGAAUGGACAGUAUCCGAAACGACCCUCGGAAGUUCUGGACUAUGUAAAAAGCGAAAUGGCAGCACUCCAGAGAGUCGACGAUUGCUGUAAGUUGAAAAUUUUGGGGUUUGUAUAUUAUAGUAGGGAUCUAAUGGGAUGAUUUUUGAAAAAGUGAGGUUUCAAAGGAAUAUUUGAGUUGGUUUGGAGAGAAAAGUAAUUGAAAUCCAUUUUCAGUAAACGUAAACGUCUCCCAGAUCUUCAACGACGCCCUUCUCCAACAAACUCAGCCCUUGGAUUCGUUCGGCCAUCCCACAAUCUCCCAGAUCUACUACGCCUUCUACUCCGAUCUCCUCCACAAGGCCUCGCUCUGCCAGUUGAUGUACUCAGACCACUUAAAGGCAUUCAUUUCGGCCAUCGACACCGAUCUUCCGGCUGAUCAAUACACAGAUCCGAGAGAAUUAAGGGCCCUGGCCCAAUUAAUCGGCCCCUAUGGAGUGAAGUAUAUAACGGAGAAGGUGAUCAACCUUGUGGCAUCGCAAAUCGGAGAGAUUCUGCGGUUAAUCCGACAAAAACCUCAAAGGGAUUUGUUGAAAGAGGCGAGGGUUUCGUAUUCUUCGCCGGAACGAAUGAGGGAAUUGAUCCGGGCCUUGUCUGAUCCAAACAUCGCUUCGCAGAUGGUCCAGAAUGGCCAUAAAAAAUCGGCAACCAUGCAAAGUAACAGUAAGUCACAGAAUCAGACCAUGCUUUCCUUGGGGGGUUGGAAAUUUUGACAUACGCGACAAGUUAUACGAUGAAAUGUGCUUUUACAAAAAAAAUCGGAAAUUUUUAGUGUUAUUGAUGGGGGAAAGAAUUUAUAGGGAAGAAAAUUUGUAUCAAAGAGAUUCCAUUAGUUAUGACACUAUUUUGUUUUAACUAAUUUUAAUGGUACUGUAAUUUGUCUCUAUUUUUAGUUUCGCUCCACAGCUCUGGUUCCUCAAAUGCAGGUGGAUCGUCCAGUUCGGCAACGAAUAACAACUCACCAACCGCCGGAGGAUCACCAAUAGAGUCCAUCCUGCAAAGAGUCAUAAUCAUUGGAGAGAUCUGCGCCUUCAGAGAUCUGAUUUAUGAUGCUUUGAACUAUUGCCUCAAACAAAGAAUGCCAUUUUUACUGCAUUCUCUGGAAGAUUUGGUGGAAGCCACAACGCCAGAAGUUAGAGGUAGGCAUUUUAUUGCAGUUUAGGAAAAUUCCGGCAAGGCCUGAGCGACUUUGGAGGUGGAAUUGAGGUUAUCGUGGCAGGACCUAAAAUCAAGUGUAAUGUUAUACUUUUUUGAAAAUUUUCAGUUCAAAUCGCCGAAGUUUGCGCCGCGGCAGGCAUGAAACAGGACGUUGACUAUGGAUUGGUCGGUGUUUUGAGGAUGAAAUUUGGCCUUCCUCAACAACGAGGCCAUCCAACUCCGGAAAUGGUCGACCAUUACGAACUGUGCUGUCUGUGCAUGGUAUUUAUUGCAAUCGCACUACCGAAGCUCUCCAAAAACCGACAAUCCAUUUAUAAACCAAGCCUUUGCAGUGAGUUUUUUGAAUGCAAUAGUUGUUUUGUUGCCAUGUGCAAUAUAAUUUUUGAUUUUUUUUUGAUUAUUACAGAGUUUAAAAGUAAUAAUUAUGGGUUUUAGCCACCGAAAAUAAUUGUCAUACCAUCGCGAAGGCCAUUGGAACCAUUUGUGGCUCGGUUUUCGCACUCCAUUCAACGGACGAAAUCCCCGAUCGAAUGAGGGAAUUCUUGGCGGUAAGAGAUGGCUUUUAUUUCAGUGUCAUCGAAAUAGUUACCAUUUUUUUUUUUUUUUGAAUUCUGAAACCUAGAGUUACAUCAGUGUUUUAAGAAAAGUGAAAAAUCUCAGAAUUUUUAUGCGAAUCUGAAAAAGUUUGAUGAUUUUAACUAAAGUUUCAGCUCGCCUCUCGCUCCCUCCUCCAAAACUCGAACCCCACGGACCCCGACGGGUCACGUCUCAACCAAUCCUUGUACAUUCUACUCGAACAAAUUGUCAAAAACUCCUCCUGGCUCAAUUACAACCUCCUCGAAUCGUGUUUCCCGUAUGCCCUGAUCAGAUCCGCCUAUCUGAACGCCUACAGAGCCGAGACCUUGCCUAUAAACAAGUAG